AUGGCACUUCUCGGCUGCCUCUCGGCACGGCGUCUCGGCACGACUCUGGACGUCGCGGGCGCUUCGUCUUGCGUACCGCACGCUUCAGAAAAGCCCAUUAUUAAUACCACGUGCACAACCAUGACCCUGUCGGACGUCGAGGGGACAUGUCCGGGCACGUUUUUAGUGGGUGCGGUCUGUUCUGCGAGCCUUUCGUCGGUGGUCCAGUGGCUGGAAAUCGACACCGCCCUUCACCCGCGUGUUGACGAAACACCCAGCUGUCCACGCAGCUUGCCGUUGGUGCUGACACGUAUCCCACUGAGGGGCUUCUCUUGGUUAAAGUAUGGUCGCGCCAUCGAUAUCGACAGCCUCGACGGCAGCAAUCAGAUUGCACUUGGCCUUUCUGAACGGCCACGGCAGCGAAUCGGAAGCGACUUUACGGUAUAA